AUGGGGCAUUCAAUGGGUUGUCUUAUCAGUUAUCAUUACGCCAUACUUUAUCCUCAAAAUGUUGACUUGUUUCUGAAUCUAGAUGGAGUAAUUAUGUGGAAUAUGGAUCGUGUUCCGCCAAUGGCUGCUUUUAUGGACAGUUUUCCGAAAUUUCAGGAGUUUGCUCUAAGUACCAGUGAACCUCCUAGUUAUACGUUGGAACAAAUGCGAUUAAUGAUUCACAAACCCCAUAAUGGAUCAAUAGAUUUGAAACAUGCCGAUUUGCUUUUGGAAAGGAGCAUUGCGGCUUCAAAGCAUGAUCCAGGAAAGUAUUAUUUUACUAGAGACCCAAGGUUAAAGUUUAAUGAUCAUUUUAUAUUGGCAACCGAGGAUCUUAGGGAAAAAUCGAAAAAUAUAGUUUGUCCUAGUCUUUUUGUCAAAUUUGCACAAUCUUCUUAUAGUGCAGCAAAUACAAGCCUAUAUGAUGGACUAAUAAGUAUUUUACCAAAUGCAGAAUUUCAUAUUGUAGAAGGUACUCAUCAUGCACAUUUAAAUAAUCCAGAAAAAUUUGCUGCGUUAUUACAACAAUUUAUGGAUAAACAUUACGAAUAA